AUGAACGGAGUUAUUGAGGCACUUCACAUUUACGAUGAUAACCGAAACCCUAUUCUCUCACAUACCUAUGCAGGGAGGCCGUUGUCGGCAACUCAUCUCCUGCCCCUCUACUUAGAACAUCCUGCACCGCGACCGAACCUGAUCUACCUCCCCAAUACGAGCCCCCCGACGCUCGUCUUCAGUCUAACACAUGCGAACCUCUUAUUUCUUGCUACAUCGUCGACCGAGAUCGAACCGUUGCUAGUCUUUGAGUUUCUACACCGUAUAAUAGAUGCAUUCGAGGACUUUCUUGGCGCGCCACUUCUGGCUGUCAAGAUUGAGAAUAAUUACGACAUAAUUGCACAGCUCUUAACAGAGAUGUGUGAUGCGGGUACGAUAAGCACAACAGAGCCGAAUGCUCUACGUGAAGUGGUGGAGCAAGAAGGCUGGGUUGGAAAAUUACUGGGAAGCAUCAAUCUUCCAGGAAAAGCACCUUUGAGCGCCAACUUUUCGAAUUCAAGCACACCACCCAUCCUGCCCUCAAACUCAACCGCUUUACCAUGGAGGCGAGCCAACGUACGGCACACGUCGAAUGAGAUGUACGCCGAUAUUGUCGAAACUUUGUCCGUUACACUUGCUCCAUCAGGAAGGCCUCUAGCUGCCUUUGCCAACGGAACGAUCGCAUUCACGUCCAAGGUAUCAGGCGUUCCUGAUAUUACGCUUAAUAUCACUAGCCCAUCAGGAAAACACAACCUUGGGGGCAUCAUGGAACUACCAGUAUUCCACCCGUGCGUGCGGCUCAACCGGUGGAAAGAGCGACCAGGCGAGCUUAGCUUCAUUCCACCUGAUGGAAGAUUUAUUCUGGCUGGGUAUGAAGUAGAUUUACUGCCCUUCUCAAGUGGGAAGAGUGGAAGUCUUAGCUCCAACAACCUCAAGUUACCGAUCAAUAUGGAAGUCAAAACAGGAUUAGGUGCAACAGGGUCGGAUUUCGAAGUCCGAUUACAGGUCAACAAGAUUCUUGGAGCACCUUCACCAGCAUCAUCGGGAUUGGGAAGAGGCGGCAGUGGGGGUCGAUUGGGCGGGCCUCAUCCUGGAUCACCAGGAGCGCCUUUGAUGGACGACCUCACUGUGACGAUUCCACUGCCAGCAGAUGUCAGGAACCUAUCUGAGAUCCGGCCUAGCAAGGGCGACGCCAGCUUUAAUCCAGGAGAGAAGAUUUUGGAAUGGUAUAUUCCUGCAAAGGAACUGUCAGGCGGGACAAGCUACUUUGGACUUAGAGGCACUGUAGUGGGACCGCUGACAGAGGAGGGUGAUGAGGGAUUCGAUCCCAACGGGUUUGGAUUUGGAACCGACUACACAUUUGAUGGGCCAUAUCAGAGCGUACCUGUCGCCAAGGCGGCACAGAACCCGGAGAGCACAAGCGACGACAAGGACGCCAAGAAGGUCGCACAGAACAAAAUCCUGAUGCCAACAUCGGCAUCAGUAAGCUUCUCGGUCAAGGGAUGGUUGGCAAGUGGUCUGAAGGUCGAGAGUAUUCAGCUAGACACACGCAAGAGUAAGGGCCUGGGAGAGAGUGUCAAGCCAUACAAGGGUGUCAAAUACUUGACAAUCAGCAAGGGAGCUACCCACAUUCGCUCUCCUGUUCUUUUAACAAGUUCAAGUCGACCGUUAUUACAGGCUUUACCGCAGCAACAACAACCAAAACACCAACGGUCACAACAAAGAUGGCGUUCUACACAUCGCGGCGGCACCAGAACAGCCCUAUUCUUCCCCGGCCAGGGCGUCCAGAGGGUUGGCAUGCUGACUCCAUGGCUCGAAGCAUUCCCUUCGACAGCAUCGCAAUUACGAGACGAGAUCGACGAAUACAUGGGCUACAAGCUCUCCGACAUCAUUCAGAACGGGCCAUCAAAGCUUCUUACUGAGACACCCAAUGCGCAACCGGCCAUCAUGGCUACGUCCAUCUUCAUCCUGCGCAUUCUUGAACGCGAAUUCAACUUUAGAGUCACCGACCACUUCGAUGUAACACUGGGGCACUCGCUUGGUGAGUUUGCCGCUGUCGUCGCGGGCGGUUAUAUCUCCUUCCAGGACAGUUUACACCUCGUUCGUAAACGGGCAGAGGCUAUGUCGGACGCCACGAAACAUGCGAUUGAAAACUAUGGCGGCGAGUAUGGCAUGGUGGCAGUUAUUUCCCACCCGGAACAUAUGGAUAGCCUGAUUCAGGCCAUUCGAGAGUUUGUCGGCAUCUCAGCUGAAGACCUGGCCGACCUACCACCGAUUGAACAAGUUUUGAUAGCCAACAUAAACAGCAAGAAUCAGAUUGUACUGAGUGGAAAUAUCGAGCGUAUAAAGACACUUAUCGCCCAUGUCCGCCAAUUCCUUGGCUACGACCCGCGCGCCGUACGUCUCAAAGCUGACAGUCCCUUUCAUAGUCCCAUCAUGCAACCAGCCGUUACCGUAAUGCGCCAGCUCCUAGAAGAACCCAGCAGGGUAAAGGGUCGCGAAAAGGAGGAUGUUGUGACAUUCCCAGGCAAGCUACCCAUCGUGAGCAACGUCUCUGCACGGCCAGUCUGCUGUAAGAAGGAGCUCAAGGAUUUGCUGGCCCGUGGCUGUCUGGAUACAGUUCGCUGGUGGGAUAGCAUCAAAUACCUAGACCAAGAGGCGCGCAUACGGCGAUGGGUAGGCGUUGGACCUGGAAAGGUCGGCCGCAAUCUUGUUGGAAAAGAGGUUGGCAUGCGCGGCAAGGACCUUGUGAAGGGAGGGGGCGUAUGGGCUAUUACAGAUCCAUCUGAGGUUGAGGAGGUUCUGAGAGGACUUGAAGAUACGGCGAAUCUCAUGGAAGAUGAUGAGUAUUCAGAGUAA